AUACAAUAGCGGACGCCGCAAAUAACCGCAUAGCUGAAGUGUCGAGCUCCUCAAUGUAAACAUGUGGUUCGGGCAUGCUGCAGAUUUUCCACGAGAGAACUGUCAGUUUCGAAUUGUCAAAUUCGCAUGAGAGCGAAAGGGAGAGACGAACACAGAAGAGGCUCGGAAAGAGGGUACAGAGAACACACGGAAACGGGUGGUGUGAGCGAAAACGAGAAAAACUGAAAAAUCCAUCAAAAAAGCAGGGACGAAAGGCGAUUGAAUGGAUUAAAAGAAAACGGGAAAAGAAAUGAAUGUUUUGUAAAAAAAAUAACCGUUUUAGGGCUGUGUUACGCCGCGUGUUGAAGUGUGAACGGAACAUGUCCGGAAUGUUCGCCAAAUGCUACGCUACAUAAAGGAUAAAGCAAUGCUUUGCGAAUAGUGGCUACAAGGAUUCUGUCUCUGUUGUUGUUGCUGUUGUCCGAUUGCGCCUCUUCUGCAGACGUCGGAUCCUUCGCAAAUUGUAUGUUAUAUGGUUAACUUCCAUUCAGGACCCCGCUGCUCAGGCAGUCGCAGCGCAGUUAUCAGAAUAUAUCUGCUUCACUAGCAUUGGGGGUAUAAAACUACGGCUAAACAUCCAUCGUGUGACAACAACACCAUUGCGGUAAGGGCUAACGAAGCACCAGCGCCAGUCGGAUUCCUCACUCGCUGUUGAAGCUUGAACUGUCGCCAACAGCAGCCGACCAAACACAUUACAAGCAAAAAAACAUUUCUUAUGUAAGCAGUUCAAUGUAGAAUACAAAAAGGUUUGCACUGUAGAGUUGUGUCCAAAGAGUGCGAUUCCCUCAAUCGUUAUCUGGGUGAAUGUAUCAACAAGCGGUACCGGUCUGUGGUGGCAAUAAGCACAAUGCAAAAGUUAGAAACAACAGCAUGCCAAGAAGCCGACUUCAUGCUGAAUGAUGCUUACUGCAAGCUGAGAAAGUCUCCUGCGCGGCAAUCGUCGUUGCUCAUAGAUCCUGCACCGCAGUAUCCGAAUCUUCCCAGCCCCUUACUUAACGACAGCACGCCACUGUUUAACACAUCGUCCGAAGGCAAUAGUCCUAGUCCCGCAUCACCAUCAACUACCUUCACCUCACUUAGCGCCGGCCAUCACACCACGUCGCCGCCGGCAACAUUACUAGCCUCGCCUUCACCAUCAUCCUCGCCAAACAGUAGGACGACGACGACCACAAUCACACCAACUAUAACGGCGGAAAACACGUUGAAAUCCUUGUCCACAUCUUCGGCUAAGCUUAAUCAUCAUCACGUGGAAAAGCGGUUGGCAAGCGAUUCGUCCUGCUAUGGAAGUCCUUCCAAGAAGACGAAACUCUCUCCCACGUCGUCAACAUCAACAUUGUUUUCCUCAACAUCUUCAGCUUCUUUUCACGUGUUGGCUCCGUCGCCGUCUUCGUCUUCCGUCCUAUAUCGUCAUCACCAUCAUCACCACAACAGUGGAGGAGAUGCAGGAAGUGGAGGAAGCAAUAUUGGUGGCAAUGGUGGUACUCUGCCUAGCUUAGUACUGCCACAAAAUCAAAGGCUUGUCGAUAGUCAUUUGUGCUUCUCGUCGGCUUCAAGUGGCAGCACCGGGCACGGUGGGACAAACGAGAGUUUAAACAUACAUGACAAGCUCAGGGAAUUGUUUUUGGAGUUGCUCGUGGAGGGUUCGAGCGACAGUGACAGACUUAGUUUAAGGAAUACAUCUUUUCUCUUGGAAAAGCUUAUCCUGCGCGAACAGCUCAAUACCUUGAUAGUGAACCUCUACCCUGGCAACAAAGGAUACUCGCUUGCAUUUCGAAUAGGAUCGCAAGAGGACGGGGGAAGAAAUGUUUCAAAAAUUGGACCGUCUGCAAAUCUGACAGUCUUUUCGACAAUGGGCACAGGUGUUGGCCCACCGUCCGUUUCCGGCAAUGAUUCACUGACGGUAAAUGCUAGUGAUCUCAAUAGUGAAAAUCUGCAGGAAACUAUACGAUGGCCAUAUGAGGAAGAAGAUUUGUUAGACUCUAUCGAUCGAGAAGAACUACCGUUGGUGUUAGUGGACAUCCUUGAGAAUAAGUGUCCUGCGCUGUUCUACUGCGGUUGUGUAGUUGCGGAGGUACGCGACUAUCGGCAAUCGUUUCCUAUUUUUACCUGUGAUACUUUCCACGUGUUACUGAAACCCACCAAUCAGACCUUGUUGGCCGACGUGAAUAUUCUAACAGCGGAGGGAGAGUGGAGUCCUGAAGACAAGCUGGCGCUUGAGAGUCAGCUCGUGCUGGCAACUGCCGAACCGCUUUGCCUCGAUCCAAAUCCGGCGGUCGGCAUGAUGUCCAUAAACCAGUAUCAUCGAAGGCAACUGCUCAACACAGCUACUAUUCGGCGUCAGGCAAAGAAGUUCUCCCAGAUUGCUGUUAAUCGCAAGAGGAAAACCGACCAAUUUACACACAACUUUGGGCUGGAAUUAAGCGACUUUAUCAACAAAUACCGGGCACGUCCGCCGCGUCAACAAAGCGUUAGGCGUGGUGUGGUCAGUUUCACUCUACCUAAGAAGCCGUCCGAAGUGGUGCCAACGGUAAACUUGCCCAAUCUGGAGCUACCCGAACUAUCGAUACCCUCUGAAGUGAACGUGGAAAAGUACGCCCGCAAGUAUGAAGCUCCCAAGGAGAGUCGCGACUGCAUACCGCAAUUGAUUGAAGAGUACAUUCUGGAAACGGACCGUGUCGUAAAUCGGGGCGAUACACGAGUGUACCAUAUUAAGCUUUCCAUUUUUCAACGACCAUCGAAUUCGGAAUAUCUUGGCGAAUUGUACGUUGAUCGAGAUUAUCGUGAGAAUGAACGAAAUGGCGAAGCUUGUCAAUUUUCUUUAGGAACAAGAGCGCACGCCCACCGCUACAUUCAACAGUUUACGGAAAUUUUUACCGAGGAAGGAAGAAAAUCGGUCAAAAUUACACAUCUGGUUCCGGGACAGGUUCCCAAAGUGCUGCACACAGCCGGUAUGCGAGAACAGAACGUUCAGCAACAACAGUUACAACAACAACAAUUACAACAACAGCAGCAGCAACAACAACAUCAACAACAACUGCAGAACCAACAACAGCACUUGCAACAACAGCAACAACAACAUCAUCAACAACAGAUACAGCAACAACAAACAUUGGUGCAACAACAAAUAUCUCAGAUUCAGCAACGGCUACAAUCUCAUCCAACACAAGCACUGCUUACGCGGUUGCAAGCGACAAAUCCUGCUUUGGCGUCACAAAUUGCGACGGCCACGGGUGUUAAUGGUAACAUCACAUUGAAUGCAACGAAUCCAAAUACACUACCUGGUAAUCAAACACAACAGGCGCAUGCGAUAUUGACCACAUCGCAGUCAGCUGUUCAUCAGAGUUUAUCCCAGCAGCAGCUUAUAUCGACCUCAUCUACUGGUCCCAACAUCUUAAGCAUCGGACCGACGGCUUCAGCUACACAGCCACAACAGUCUCCCGUCCAGCAGUCAACGCAAACGCAGAUCCAUAUUCAACCACAGCAUCUGAUAGCUUGUUCGGGCCACCAGCAGCAACUGUUCAACACAAAUUCCUGCGAUUCAAGCAAUGCUACGACUAGCAUCGUAGGCACUGGCGCAGGAACGACAUCAAGCAACGUAACGGCUUCGCAAGGAACGACGAUUACGCUGCAAACACAGUCAUCAACACAGCAGCAACAGCAGAUCCAACAGAGUCAACCACCACAGCAAACAUUGAGCCUAAGCAACGGAUCACUGCUGCUCGUGCAACCUUCUGGACAAAUAUCGAACCUAACGAUGACCACUAACGCUGCAGGACAGCAGCAACUAUUGGCAACAGCUACUGGAGCUGGAGCUGUUGGCAACACGGUCGGCAAUGCGGUUACCGGCGCACAAAGCUUCACCUUUGCCUCAGGAGGGCAAACGGCCACAAUUAUAAAUCAGACCGCAGCGCGAACCUUGGGAAAUACCGUUCCGCUACUCGUACGUCUCGACAACACCAAGGUAUCGCGUGAUGCAACGGGGAAUUUGAUAUCAACUAUUGCAAACCAGACAACUCCUUCUGGACAAGUACAACUGCAAGCGCAACAACAAAAUGUGGUACCAAUUCAACCGCAACAACAGCUGAUGCAGCAGCAGCAGCAACAACAGCAACAGCAACAACAACAGCAACAGCAACAGCAACAGCAACAGCAACAGCAACAGCAACAACAACCACAGCAGCAGCAGCAACAACCACAGCAGCCGCAACAGCAGCAGCAACAGCAGCAGCAGCAACCGCAGCAACCGCAGCAACAGCAGCAACAGCAGCAACAGCAACAGCAGCAGCAGCAGCAGCAGCAACAACAGCAGCAGCAACAGCAACAACAGCAGCAACAGCAGCAACAGCAGCAACAGCAGCAGCAACAGCAGCAACAGCAGCAACAGCAGCAACAGCAGCAACAGCAGCAACAGCAGCAACAGCAGCAACAGCAUCAGCAACAACAACAACAACAACAACAACAACAACAACAACAACAGCAGCUGCAGCAAGCACAACAGCAACCGCAACAGCAACCACAACAACAACAACAACCGCAACAAGCACAGCAGUUGCAGAAUCCAGCUGCGUCGAUUCACACAACAAAUCCGGAGAUAAAGGCUAUUGCUAUAAGCAUUAUGAACUCAGCUAAUCAGUUCACGAACCGACAGCAGCAACAACAAUCCAGCACGAAGUCAAAUAGCAAUGCAGCUAUUCUCAGUCUUCUCAACAGUGCGCCGGCAGCGAUGACCAAUUCACCGGUCCUAAGUAGUAGUCUUACGCUUCCAGCUGGGAAAAUACUGAAUGAGCUGCAGCAGCAACAACAACAACAACAACAGCAGCAGCAACAACAAAGCCAGCAACAACAACAACAACAACAACAGCAGCAGCAGCAACAACAAAGCCAGCAACAACAGCAACAACCACACACAAUCCACCAUCUUCAAGCAGCAGGGGGGGGUACAGCUACAACUAUAAGCGGGAGCGCUGCAGCGGCCCUGUUCAACAGUGUAGGAGGGCGAAAGAUAAGUAUUCAACAAGCACAGACGAACCAAAACCGUAUUCUCAACCAUGCCAAUCUAAUCACCGUCAGCGGUGGCGCUGGCACUAACAAUCAUCAAACACAAAUCAUCAAUAUUCAAGCAGGCGAUUUGCAACAACAGCAACAUCAACCAGGACAAACGUCGACUCAAUCAGUUUCGCAGCAACAGCAACAGCAAUCGCAGCAGCCAGGAAAUAUUCGCGUUACUAUGUCCGCGCUCGCUACACAACUAGCAUCACCGCCCGCCAUUCUAACCACCUCUAACCUGCCACAGAGUUUCAAUGUUGCUGCCGCAGUUGGUGCUACAUCGGCUGGCAAUGUUUCUGGCACCGCCGUUUCGACGGCGACGGCGAACGUAGGCUCGUUUAGCGGUGGUACACCAUUAUCAUCAGCGGGAAGCAAGCUUAUUAUCAAUAACGCAAAUCAGCGUAUACUGAACAUCAAUUCCAACCCCGGAACAUCGACUUCAACGGCGGCCGUCGUUGCUGCCGCUAUCGGUGGAGCAAUUCGACGAGUUAGUGCAACGGGGAACCCUAGCGCUGCUGAUGGAAUACAGAUGCAGAUUCAGGGACUCACUGCUUCGCAGAGCACAGGCAAUCUUUCUACGGGUGCAAACGUUAGCAAUAUUGCUGGCAUCACUUCGGACAGUGCAUUGCGACGCACAAUGGUAUCGGAACAGCUACAGAUACAGAGCAUAGCUUCGCCUGGCAGUGAUCACUCCAACGCGUCGUCAGUUUCUCUAGCUAGCAAUGGAGGUGGCGGUAGUGGAAGCGGUACUGCAGGAACACUAAACGGUGCCAACGCAAACAACAUCAUCUUCAAUAACAUGUCCGGUUUAACGGCUUUGCUUGCGAAUACGGCCACUUCUGCUGUAGCACAACCUUCACUAGCUACCAGUAUCGGUGGCAGUAGCGAUGGAACGAUACAGAACUCGAUGUCUGUAGUCGGAGCAUCGGCCGUCGUUGGCCUAGGAGGAGUAUCGAACAGUGCAAAUAGCAGCACCAAUUUACCCAGUAGCAACAGCAACUCUACCGUGUGUGGCAAUAAUAACACAAACUCAGCAUUAAUCGAAAGACUGACUUCAUCUAGUAGCAUAAAUCUAUCUAAUAAUAGUAACCUGCCAGCAGCGAGUCCCGGACUGCAAUUUACCAUACCUUCGCCAAAAACGCCUCAGCAGCAAUCUCAAGCGCAUAUACAGAUACAAUCACCUGCUGGAUCGAUAUCGCCUCUCUCUAGUCCGCCGCCCCAGGUCACCAUCCAUCCGCAGCACCAUCAAACCCAGCAAGCGCAGCACAGCCAGACGCAGGCUCAAGCCGGUCAUCAACCGCAACAACCUACAACGGUCAAUUUGCAAGGAUUAAACUUUGCCAGCCUACACGGUGCGAUGACUUCCAUCCCCGGAUUGCAAAACGUACAGGUACAAAUUCCAGGACUUGCGCAGCCCAUUUCUUUAUCCCUUUCCUCUACGCCAUCCGGGGGAUCUACAGGCGUGCUCAACAACACGGCGGCAAACAACGCAAACCAGACAACCAGUUUACUAGUAUCAGUCCCAGUAACCAACACGACGCAAGUUGUGAAUACCAUUAACGCCAGUGGCACUGGCAAUAUACUGUCCGGUAACUCUCAAACGACUCAAACAGUUGUUCUCACGAAUCCACAGACGAGUGGAUCUAGCUUGCUUUCUCUUCCAAUUGCUCAAAUUGUGACAUCCGGCAUGAAAGGACUUGGUCAGCAGAGUAUACGAACCGGCACACCGUUAACUGUAAAUGCCGGUCAACCUGGACAACAGAUUCAGCUACUUAACAUUAGCCAACGUCCCCGAGCCGGACAGUUGCCCGUAGUGAGCUGCUCGGGAACAACACCGAUAACGGCCAAACAGCUGGCAGCGCGUGUGGUUCAGCAUCGACAGCAAAUGGCUUCGGCAGGCGGAUCCACAUUGAAAAUAGCAACUCCGAUUUCUGGAUCGCAUAAUGCAGGGCAGCUGGGCAAUAACUUAAACGUGACCUCUAAUACCACGACGAAUCAGCUGAUAAUGAGUACCAAGCAGCUGCAGCUAAAGCUUCAGCAGCAGCAGGUGCAGCAACAGCAGCAGCAACAACAGACACAACAGAUAAUUGCAGCAACUAGUAGCCAGCCACAGCCAGGUACGACCCAAAUUCAUAUUCAACAACAACCACAACAAGCGUCACAAUUGUUGCAACAGCAAGCACAACCGCAAGCUACUCAGCAAAUCAACAUUAUUAACAACACGGUGAUGACUCCAUUGUCGCUAUCUAGCCCGGUUUCAGUGACAAAUGCGGUGGUUUCCCAAUCCACAGGCCAUCAGAACGUAAAUGCUAUAACCGCAGCAACUGCAACCGCGAAGCACCGGCGAAGAUCGGCUGCUGAAAUGAACAAGUAGUGGAAGAAAAUGAUAAUAGAUUUGAACUUUUAGCACUGAGGCAGUCAUCGGUGGCAAUAGUCCAGGGCGUAAGCGCUAUUACCACAAGUUGUCCGUCGUAUCGCGACGAUUAUUACUAUUUUGUAGCUGUGCAGUGAGUUGGUUGGUUAGUUGGCAUGGUUUUAGCUGCUGUCGCUGUGUCUGAUCAAGCGUCCGGCGACGAACAGGAAAUGACACAUAAAUGUACGUGCUACAAUUAAAGCCGCCGUAGGUGUAGUGCGCAAAAAUUGUAAAGAAAACUUGCACAUGGCUUACCGAAAUGAUACUGAACUUUGUUACGGUGCCCGCAACAGUGUAACCCUGACGCGGUACGCUGCUGCGCGACUGUGCAAAAUGGACAGCACGCUUCCCACUGCGAGAUUCGGCAUUGGAGUGUGCUCUACUGUACCUUUUUAUUUUUAAUACAUUUUUUUAAAACACUGCUAUUACCGAAUGGUGUUACCUUAUCCUGCAAGAGUAGUAGUUAAUUUCCGAAGCGAAGUCAUCCAUAUAACUUUUCCUCUUGUACCUGUAGACCCAUGAAUUAUUUAUACCAAAUUUGUCGCGAAUUUCUUCAGUAUGCGCUUUCCCCCCCUUUUUGGAAACUUUUUUUCGCUUCACGUGCGAUUAGUUUGUGAAAUGUUAUGUACAAAUUUAAUUAAAAAAUAACAAUUUAUGAGCGUUAUUCAACGCUUCAUUCUGCAACAUACCGUGUCUUGUUGUUGCCUAUCCUUACUGCUGUGUGUGUGCUACACUUCGAUGUUCAGAGAGCUCAUCGAUUUGGGGUAAGGACAAUGCGAAAGUAACACAUUUGUCACCUUGCUUACAUCCCCUUCGGCUACUGAACUCUGAGUACUUUGGGACAAAUCAUCAAUAAGGAGUCGAUAUUGUUUUGGAAACAGUGCGUCGUCGAAACUAAUAUAUUACCUUGCCGUUAUGAUUCACUCGCUGUCCAUGGCACCACGAUACAUAAGCAGACCUUUGUUCAAAAUUGAUCCAACACACAGGAGAAGAAUUAUGUCUGAUAGCAAUGGCAUUCGGUCGUCAGUACCCGGGUAUUUUGAGAUGAAUAUGAAUGGGUGUUUGACAAGUGUGGCGCACAACGCCAUUACUACAAUUUCAAGAUAGGGUCAGCAAAUGGCGAUGAGGAUGCGUUGCGUGAACGGUUCGGAAGGUGGGUAAUAAAUUGUUGAUAUUACAUGUACCGAAUGCUACGGGUGAAUGGAGAGAACAGUAAUGCAGACAUCAAAAACAAAACGAAAAUUCAUCGGGAACUCGACAAAGGGACACACACACAAUUCUAUAUAUACACACAUAUAUUUAAAUAGUAAAUAAUAUUGCGCUGUUAGGAAGAAUAACGAUAUAAUAACGCAAUGGUAACGCAGGAAAAUCAGUAAAGAAGUUAGAUAGACCACGGAUAAGGAAUGUUACAAGCGAGAUGUUUCAAAUUUUAGUUUCUAAAUGUUGCUGUAAAUUAAAAUUGCAACGCCAGUCAGAGGCGCCGCUACUCAUUUUCUGAUAUUUGACGCUAAACGACGCUUUGCGGUGGUGAAAACGAGACAUUGACCGCCCGAUAAUUCUAAAGCAGUAGGAAUCCAGGCCUUCCAAACGGAAUGAAUUGUGUUUUGAGCGUUUCAGUUGUGGCAUCAUUCUAAUAGCGUCAACAAACAAACAAACCAACAUGCAUACAACAGUGUUAUGUGUUCAACAUAUCUCAAUGUAGGCGAGCGAGAACAACCGACCGUAGCGCGAUAUGUUUUAAUUUGAGUUAGUUGUACAUGCCCAAGUUAUGAUGAUGUGUAAGCCGGAACAUCGUUUCUGACUGAAAACGGAAAGCAGCUGAUUUACUUUCGGUGUAAAUAAAUUCUGUAUUAUUUAAUAAAAGAUGUUUGUUUUCGGUUCUUUUCGUGCUCAUUCAGUUUGUUCCAAGAGCAUCACAAACAGGAUUACACUUCAAAAUGUAGGUUUAACAUGUUUUGUUGUUGUAUUCAGUCGCUCUAGUAAGUGCAGUAGGUUGCAGGGCUGUCCAGCUCACGAGGGAAAGCUAGUUCUGCUGGGCUCAGCUACUAUCUAGAUUACAGCCAUGUUAGGGACGUAAAAUGCGUGUCCGUAGGGUGCAAACACAGAUACGUUCCUGGUGUAACGCUGCGAUUACCGAAUUGUGAAGGGCAUACAACGGCAUUGCUAUGAAUUAUCUUGUUGACGGGUUUGUUCCUGAUCGAUUCUGGGUAAUGGCCACUGUCUUAGCGAUUGUCGAGCUAACUGACGCAGUAAUUUAGGAUAGCAUUUAUUGAAAGGAACACAGGAGUGAGACCGAUGAAAGGAGAGAGGCUACAUAGACAGAGGCGUGUUAUUCGUGAACAGCAGUAGUAGUUGAUAAAGCCAAUGGUGGAAUUCUCAUCUUCAUAUAGGCACUUACUCUACCCAUAUGUCGGCAAAAGCCGACGUGUACGUUACAAAAAGGAAUAAUGAACUGAACCCCAACUGUCAUUAAGUGAUAUUCAUGACCGAAA